AAGAACAACCGUGCCAGGGUGAGAGACGUCUUUGUGGAGAAAGCAUUUUCAAGACUGGAAAAGCCAUGACAGAUCCGAACAAGAUGAUCAUCAACUUGGCCCUCUUUGGCAUGACUCAAAGUGGAAAAAGUUCUGCUGGAAACAUUCUGCUGGGAAGCAUAGACUUUCACAGCAUCUUUGCUCCAUGUUCUGUGACUACAUGUUGUAGCCUGGGCCGCAGUUGUCACCUCCACAGCUUCAUGCGUCGAGCCGGGAGAGAGGUAGCCCUGCAAGUCCAGGUGUUGGACACUCCAGGUUAUCCACACAGCAGGCUGAGCAAUGAGCAUGUGAAACGGGAAGUCAAAGAGGCUCUGGCACAUCACUUCGGGCAAGAGGGUCUCAACCUCGCACUCCUGGUUCUGAGAGCAGAUGUGCCUUUCUGUGGGAAGGAAGUAACUUACCCAGUCCAGAUGAUCCAGGAACUUCUUGGACAUGCUUGGAUGAAUUACACAGCCAUUCUUUUUACCCAUGCAGAGAAAAUAGAAGAGGCUGGGCUUAAUGAAGAUAAAUAUUUACACGAGGCCUCUGAUAGCCUUAUAACGCUGCUAAAUUCUAUUAAGCACAAAUAUGUUUUUCAUUAUAAAAAAGGAAAAUCACUCUAUGAACAAAGAAUGAAAAUCUUAGAAAGAAUCAUGGAAUUUAUAAAAGAGAAUGGUUACCAAGUUCUUACCUUUAAAUAAAAUUUAGGCGAAAGGAAAGGAGCAUUGGGUAUUGGAGUCAGAAACCUAGUUUCAAAAGCUGCCUUUGUUGACAUGAAUGUGGACCAUAAGUAUUCUGAUAUGUUGCUGGUGAGAGUGUACAUUGGUAUAACCACUUUAGAAAACUAGAAGUCAAAAAAAAAUCAAUGAUUCAUGAUAUCUAAUGCGAAUCCCAUGACACAGCAAUUAUACUCCUAAGUACACAUCCAACAUAAAUGUGUACAUUUGUGUACUAGAAGACAUGUAUGUACAAUAAUGUUCAUGGACCUACUAUUCAAAAACUAAAUGUAUGGACUAUUCAAACGUCUGUUAAUAGCAGAAUGGGUAAGUAAAUUGUGGUAGUUACCAUGGUAGGAUAUUAGAAAAAGUAAUUAGAAUAAGCAAGCUCAACAAUACCAAUUAAUUUCCCAAACAUAAUGUUGAAAAAUAAGCCAGACAUGAAAGAGUACAUACUCUAUGAUUACAUGUAUAGAAAGCUCACAAACAGUAAAACAAAUGUCAUCUAAACUACUCUGAUGGUAGGAGUGAUGGAAAUCAAGAGAGUGGUUAACUUUGGGGAGGGGAUUGUGAGUAAAAGGUUACACUUGGUGUGGCUUCUGAGAUUCUGGUCAUGUUCUGUUCUUUUGAUUUGGAGCCCAGUUUCACAGGAUGUGUUCACUUUGUGAAAAUGCAACAACAAACACUUGUGAUUUAGAAACUACUUAAAUAUGCUAUAUUUAAAUAAAAGUUAAAAAUAAUUAGUUGUUAACCCUUAAAA